AUGAGCUAUCCUGUGGCAGUGAGUCCUGCAAGCCGCUUUCGCGAGCUAUCCAAGAACAUCAAUAGCUUGACUAAUCUCCUCGGCGUGGAUGUGCUGGCACCCAAAUUGGAGUUUAACUACCGCACCUGGACCACAAUCUUUGCGAUUGUAAAUUAUACGGGCUUCACUGUUUUUUCCAUACUAAAUAAUGGCGGUGACUGGGGUGUGGGCCUCAAGGCCAGCCUAAUGGGCGGCGGACUAUUCCAUGGACUCGGAAAGUUCCUGACUUGCCUGCUGAAACACCAGGACAUGAGGCGUCUCAUAUUGUACACUCGUAGCAUUUACGAGGAGUACGAGAAUCGGGGGGAAUCUUACCACCGGACCUUGAAUUCCAACAUCGAUCGAUUGCUCGGCAUCAUGAGGAUCAUUCGGAAUGGAUACGUCUUCGCCUUUUGCCUGAUGGGCAUCUUGCCUUUGGCCAUGUUGAUGUACGAUGGAACCAGGGUCACUGCCAUGCAGUACUUGAUUCCAGGACUUCCGCUGGAGAACAACUUUUGCUAUACAGUCACGUACUUGAUUCAGUUGGUAACGAUGGUUGUCCAAGGCGUUGGUUUCUAUGCCGGGGACUUAUUUGUAUUUCUUGGCUUGACCCAAAUAUUAACCUUCGCCGAUAUGCUUCAACUAAAGAUAGACGAACUGAAUCAAGCCCUGGAACAGAAGGCAGAUAAUAGAGCGCAAGUGAGAGUUGGAGCUCGGAUUUAUGGCGAGGAAAAACGGCAAUACCUUCUCUUGGAAGUGAUCAAAUGGCACCAACUUUUCACAGACUACUGUCGCAUGGUUAACGCCUUGUACUACGAAUUGAUUGCAACUCAGGUUCUGUCCAUGGCUCUGGCCAUGAUGCUCAGCUUCUGCAUCAAUUUGGCCAGCUUUCACAUGCCAUCGGCCAUCUUCUUCGUGGUUUCCGCCUACAGCAUGUCCAUCUAUUGCAUUCUUGGCACCAUCCUUGAGUUUGGAUAUGACCAGGUCUACGAGAGCAUCUGCAAUGUUACCUGGUAUGAAUUGAGUGGCGACCAGCGAAAACUGUUUGGUCUGAUGUUGCGGGAGUCCCAAUAUCCGCAUACUAUACGGAUUCUUGGGGUUAUGUCAUUAUCCGUGAGAACUGCUCUGCAGAUUAUAAAGCUAAUUUACAGCGUGUCCAUGAUGAUGAUGAACCGCACUUAGAAAGCGAAGCUAUAAGCCUUAAAAAAAAUCUGUUUACUAAACAUACUUUCA